CCGCUUAAGGAGUCUGAUUGAUAGGAUCAACUGGCAGCAGAAAAUGAAAAGUAGUGUGGCACAGAUAAAACAUUCUUCAGGUCAUGACAGAAGGGAAAACAAUAGUUCAUAUCAGAGGACCAUCUCUCCAGAAGACAGAUAUGCAAAACAAGAAAGAUCCCCACGGGAUAGAGAUUACUUUGGGUACAGCAGGUCAGACAAUGAGCGUUCAAGAAGAGGACGUUCUUAUGAUGACAGCAUGGAGUCGCAAAGUAGGGACCGAGAGAAACUCAGAGAAAGAGAAAGAGAUGUGGAUCGGAAAAGGUACCGGAAAUCUUCAUCGCCUGGGAGAAGCCCAGAACCAUCGGUAACCCAAAGUUCCUCUGCUCAGGAUGAGCCUACUGCAAAGAAGAAGAAAGAUGAGCUGGAUCCUCUUCUUACUCGUACUGGUGGAGCAUAUAUUCCUCCUGCAAAGCUCAGGAUGAUGCAAGAACAGAUCACAGAUAAAAACAGCUUAGCAUACCAGAGGAUGAGCUGGGAAGCUCUAAAGAAGUCAAUUAAUGGUCUUAUCAACAAAGUCAACAUUUCUAAUAUAGGUAUUAUUAUUCAAGAACUCCUUCAAGAAAACAUAGCUAGAGGGAGAGGCCUGCUGUCCAGAUCUGUUUUGCAAGCACAGAGUGCUUCUCCAAUCUUCACCCAUGUUUAUGCAGCUUUAGUGGCUAUUAUCAACUCAAAAUUUCCACAAAUCGGAGAAUUAAUCCUCAAGAGGUUAAUUCUUAAUUUUCGGAAAGGUUAUCGAAGAAAUGAUAAGCAACUUUGUCUGACUGCUUCAAAAUUUGUGGCACAUCUUAUUAACCAAAGUGUGGUACAUGAAGUUUUAUGCUUAGAGAUGCUCACUUUGCUCCUGGAAAGACCAACAGAUGAUAGUGUUGAAGUAGCUAUUGGUUUUCUCAAGGAAUGUGGCCUCAAAUUAACACAGGUGUCACCAAGAGGUAUUAAUGCUAUAUUUGAACGCCUUCGAAACAUUCUCCAUGAGUCUGAAAUAGACAAAAGAGUUCAGUACAUGAUUGAAGUGUUGUUUGCUGUAAGGAAAGAUGGGUUCAAAGACCACCCUGUUAUUCUAGAAGAACUUGACUUAGUGGAAGAAGAUGAUCAGUUCACCCAUAUGCUUCCUCUGGAAGAUGACUAUAAUCCAGAAGAUGUUCUUAAUGUUUUCAAGAUGGAUCUUAAUUUUAUGGAGAAUGAAGAGAAGUACAAAGCUAUUAAGAAGGAAAUUCUUAAUGAAGGAGAUAGUGACUCAAACACAGAUCAAGAUGCUGGAAGUAGUGAAGAGGAGGAGGAGGAAGAGGAGGAAGAGGGAGAAGAAGACGAAGAAGGACAAAAAGUGACUAUUCAUGACAAAACAGAAAUUAAUCUAGUCUCAUUUCAUCGUGCAACUUAUCUUGCUAUUCAGUCAAGUUUAGAUUUUGAAGAAUGUGCUCACAAAUUGCUGAAAAUGGAGUUUCCUGAAAGCCAAACGAAAGAACUCUGCAACAUGAUACUGGAUUGCUGUGCUCAACAAAGAACAUAUGAGAAAUUUUUUGGCUUAUUAGCUGGGCGAUUUUGCAUGCUAAAGAAAGAGUACAUGGAAUCCUUUGAAAGUAAAUUCAAAGAACAGUAUGAUACCAUCCAUCGCUUGGAGACAAACAAAUUGAGAAAUGUUGCUAAGAUGUUUGCUCAUCUUUUAUACACUGAUUCACUUCCAUGGAGUGUUCUUGAAUGUAUAAAGCUGAGUGAAGAAACCACUACGUCCUCCAGUAGGAUUUUUGUUAAAAUAUUUUUCCAAGAACUGUGUGAAUACAUGGGUCUUCCUAAACUUAAUGCAAGAUUAAAGGAUGAAACCCUACAGCCAUUCUUUGAAGGGUUAUUACCCCGAGAUAAUCCCAGAAACACUCGUUUUGCCAUCAACUUUUUUACUUCUAUAGGUCUUGGAGGUUUGACAGAUGAAUUGCGUGAGCAUCUCAAAAAUACACCAAAGGUCAUUGUGGCACAGAAACCAGAAAUUGAGCCAAAUAAUUCCUCCCCCUCCUCUUCCUCUUCUGCAUCCUCCUCGGCAGAGUCCUACUCCUCUGCUUCUGGUUCGGACAGCAGUGACAGCAGCUCAGAGUCUUCCAGCAAAGACAGCGAUUCCUCAUCCACCAGCAGUCAGAGCUCUGCCUCAGCUAAAGCUAUAAGAAAGAAGAGACAAGGGAACACCAGAAGCAAAGAAGUAGAUAAAUUUAUCAGGAAACAACAAAUAAAUGAUAGGAAGCAAGAAGAAAGAAGAUCAGAGCAAAGGCACCAAGAAACAAGGACUGAAAGAGAAAGGAGAUCAGAAAAACUCAGAGAUAAAAAUUCAAGGGACCCAAAUAGGAGAGACUGA